ACAAAACUAUGUCAUCGUCGUAAGGUUUUGUUACGUCAAAACAAAAGCAAAAAUAAAGCGCAAUAUUGUAAUGAACACUAUAAAUAAUUUGUAAAACUAGUUUAACAAUCGCCAUAUAUGCUGCUAUGAUUUAUAUUAUUACUCGGAUGGUGCUACCUUUUUAAUAUACUUGACCCUUGUCACCUUGACAUAACAAUAUCGAUUGCUCUAAUUCACUUGUAUUGCGCGGGCUUUUUAAUUAUUUUACAAUUUUUCGCGUGCCGUUCGUUAGCCUAUAUAUAGAGAAAAUAUUUUUUAUAAUAUCCAGUUGACGCCACUCUAAUACAGAGUACAGUUGUGUAAUUUUCAUUGGUCUUCUUUAUUGAUUCCACUGGUUAAAAUGUUAUCCAAGUUGCCAAGAUCGUGCGAUACAUUUGUCGUGUUACCGCCGUUAACAAAAAAUCAAUCCGUCGUGUUUGGAAAAAACUCUGAUCGUCCGCAGAAUGAAGUCCAAGAAGUAGUUUUAAUCAAAGGAGGGCCCAGGGAUGAUAAGCUAAAGUGCACUUACAUCACCAUAGAUGGGUUUUCACCGGUAAAUACAGUAAUAUUGAGCAAACCAGCUUGGAUGUGGGGUGCUGAGAUGGGUGCUAAUGACAAGAAUGUAGUUAUUGGCAAUGAGGCAGUUUGGACUAAUAACAAUGAAGGAGAAGGUGAUGCACGACCCAAGCGCUUGUUAGGGAUGGACUUGGUGCGGCUAGGAUUAGAGAGAGCUAACACUGCAGAAGGAGCAUUAGAUGUUAUAACAUCACUGCUUGAGAAGUAUGGUCAAGGCGGUCCCUGCUCUGAACAUGAUGAUAGCCACAUCUAUCACAACUCCUUCCUUAUAGCAGACACCAAAGAAGCUUGGGUUUUAGAGACCAGCGGCAAGUUAUGGGCAGCUGAAAGAGUCACAAGUGGCUAUAGAAACAUUUCCAAUGGUCUCACUAUUGCAACAAAGAUUGAUAAACAUGCUAGCAAUUUGAUGGAAAAAUCUAAAAGGUUGGGUCUCUGGGACGGACAGAGUGAAUUCAAUUUCACCAGAUGUUUCUCAUCGGGUGGUGAUGAACAAAGGCAGCAAGAAGGUGCCAGAUUGUUGAAAGAGGGAAGCUCUUCAUCAGCAUUUGAUGUGAGGGCCAUGAUGAAUGUUUUAAGACACAAGGACAGCCGUAUUUGCAGAAGUUGUGAUGAUACCUUCCCCACCCAAGGAAGUCAGGUGUCUAGCCUCUCAGAUAAAACGAUAAGUGUGCAUUGGUUCACUGCUACACCAGACCCCAGCUUGUCGUUCUUCAAACCAUUCGUUUUCACCAAGAAUGCCCAAGCAUCUCCAUUCAUUGUGAGCCCAGAUGAGCCACUUAGAGAACAUCACCUUUAUAAGUUGCAUAUGGGACGCAUAUCUGCAAGCGACAAUGAUGGCGAUGACGUUGCGAAGGUUAUACAAAUGCUGGAGGAAGAUCGCGUUGCAGAGAUUGAGACAUAUGCUAAUAAUAUUCCAACCGGCCAAACCACACAUGAUAAACUUGAUAACCUAUUGAAAGACUGUGUAGAGACUGAAGUAAAUGUAUAUGCUGUGUCAAUUUAAAAUAUUAUCUUAUUUACACGAUUUCUCAUUAGAUAAAUUUUAUUGUUUCACCAAAGUUUCAAGUAAAACUGUUAUGACUAAAUAUUUUAUAGAUUUAAGGACUAUAUCGCAAAAUAUCACUAGAUGCUAGUUAUUUUAAUAUACUUGGAUAGUGUAUAGAGUCAUUAUAACAUGCAAUAUCAGUUUGUGGUGGGGAACAUUCAUCUAAUUUUUUUUUUGAUCUUUUGAUUGAACCAUUUUUAAUUGUUGUUGUUAUAGUAAUUGACUAUAAUAUAUAGUUGAUAGUAAUAUUUUGUUAAGAUAAUUUAAUGACAUAACAUAAUAUCAUAUCUGGUUGCCAUAUUAUUGAAAUAUAUUCAAUUUUCUAAACUUUAGAAAUUUUACCUCCAGGGUUACUGGGAGUUUAAAAAUUGCUAUUUUACUUAAUUUAGAUCAAAACAAAAAAAUUAUAAAAAGAUCAUUCUGGCGUAACAAAGCCGCAAAGUUCUUUCGACGUUCUUCUUACUUCUUUUUUUAUAUUAAGCCAAGUUUCUAUCUAUGGCCUUAUUGAAACUAAAAGCAAAAUAAUUUACACAGCUCUAUUUUUUUUAAACAACUCCUAUAAAUCUUUUCAGCUUACGCUAACGACUGCAUCGUUAUUGUAUUGUCAUGACUUCAAGAGUAAUUAAUCCCUAUUUUUCUUAUGAAAUGACAGGACUAUACGUUAAUACAAUGAAAUAUAUAUAAUGCAGAAUUAAAAUCUAUUUUCA